CUUUUCUCUGAUUGGCUGAAUCUCAUGUGAUCUCGAUGAUUGCUAUGCCUUUUCAAUUCUUUAAUAUGCGAGCCAGGUCUGAGAAACGCUGCGGCGCAAUCGUCAGAUGUAGAAACUAGAAAUAGUCUCACGAAAUCUAAUCGCAAAAUUCUAAUCGCAUCUCAAGAACAUGCAUGGUUUGUCGGAAUUUUCUUAACGAUAGAAGAUAGAUUGAGAUAUUCGGUGACAUGGCGAUGUUUAAUUCAUUUCGCUUGGCACGGAACAAAUUUGCAGCGACCGGUUUUAGACGUUUAUGGACUUCUAGGGCUUUGCUGGCCGAUGAAUUUAAAAAUGACAAUAGAAAAGCGGAACCACAACAAUCUACUCAUGAGGAGAAUGAUGAGGAAUAUGAAAAAAAUAUUAAGUUAAAAAUACUUGGCGCUUCUUUAAAAUUCGUUCCUGACAUGGGAUGGAGCAAACAAGCUAUUAGUGCUGGUGCUGAAUCAAUUGGAUAUCCGAGCGUGAUACAUGGAUUGUUUCCAAAAGGUAGUGCGGCCUUAGUAGAGUAUUUUUACUCUAUGUGUAACCGGGAAUUAAAUGAAAUCCUAGAAAAAGAAACGAAUUCCUCAAGUUCACAGAAGACACCAGAACAGCAAGUUCUUGACGCUGUAGAAAUACGGUUGAGAAUGGUGGUUCCCUACAAAAAAACCUGGCCACAAGCAAUAGCUAUUAUGUCCCUUCCACCGAAUGUACCAACUGCUUUAGCAAAUUUAUUAACUUUAGUCGAUGAUAUCUGCUACUAUGCCGGCGAUAGAUCGGUUGAUAUUAACUGGUAUGCCAGGAGAAUGAUACUAGCGACUAUUUAUAAAGCUACAGAAUUAUAUAUGUUGCAAGAUACAAGUGAAGAUCACAAAGAAACAUGGUUGUUCCUGGAGAGACGACUAAAGGAUAUUUUACAAAUACAGACAAUGCUUUCCAAUUCAGUUAAGCCAGAUGAAGCUUUAAAUCGAGUUACAGAAACAGCUUCUGCUGUUUUUAUAACGGUAGAUUAAUUCUGAUUGAUUAUA